CACAUUUAAGUUGUUAACUUUUAUCAUCACAUAGCAUCUCCUCAUAGAUACUUUUUGUUUUGCUUCUGUGUGCUUCUGUGGAUAGAUGGAUUUUGUAUCUUUUAAGAAGAAGAAGAAAAACACCCGCAUGGGUUGUUUUUAUUUAAAUCGAAUCGAAUCUCUGAGCACAAAGUGUAUGUGGAUGUAUCUUUUUGUAUAAGGCAGAGCGCUGUACUCGCCAUAGAUACUCUAGUGCGCGUGCUGUAUUUGUAUUAUUUAUUAAUCGAACAAAUGCGAGCAACAAAACAGCAUCCCGUCGUCGUCGUCUUCGUAGUCGCGGCGUGAGAUACAUUUGUACAAAAUUAAAUCCAGAGCAGAUACAAACGGAGAGUGUUCCAAAGAACAUCACGCAGUUAAAAAGUCUCCUUGAAUUGUGUUUGUUUUUUAAAUCGGGAGAGAAAAGAAUUCUACAAAAUAUACAUUUAGGAUGUAGAUUCUUCACGGUACGCGAAUAUUUAUUUAUUUUUAUUUUGUUUUUAACAAAAUUUUUAAGUUUGUACACAAAAAUAAAAAAUAUAAUCUUUUUGUGGAAGAAAAUAAAUGAUAAUAAUAAUCAAGUGACACACAAAAGUGACGUGAUUAGUGAGAUAACUACAGAAAUAAAACACAACUCGUUUGUGUAAAGAAAAUUGAAGAGUGAUUAAAAUUAUUAUCAUUGUCUGUUAUCAGUAGUAUAAACUUAUUGGGCCCUAUCAGCCUUAUCACAAGGUUUUCUUAAGGUCAAUUGUUAUGAAAUUGUACUAUAAAUAAAAAACUAACCAAAGAGUUAUGUGAAUAAAUAAUAAUACAAAUAUUAAAACAAAAAACAAACUUAGUAAUUCUAAGCAUCUUUAACAAAAAUUAUACAAAAGGGUAAACAUUUAACACAAAUUGUUGAAGCAGUUCUAGCAGCAACGCAGUGUUUCCACCAAAAAGAAAAGAAAAAUAAGAAAAGAAAAUUAAACUAAAAAUAAAAUUCAUUGCACGAAUAUAUUCAUGUGCACAGAAACAACCAACUAAAAACUCAAAACCAAAAAAUUCGAAGUGAAUUAAAAAUAUACAUUCAGUGAGUAUCGAAAGAGUUAACCUAUAACAGUCCAUCGUGCAUACGCGGCGCGGUUCGAAUUCGAAUUUCGUCCAAAAGAACCAAGACAACCCAAGCCCAACAAAAUAACGCAACGGCAGCAAGUUACGGAUGCCGAUAAAUUUUCAUUUUUCUGAUCAUCAGAGAGAUUUUUGCGUCCCGUCGCGUCUUAAUUGUUGUUGUUGGCUUCAAUUUUGGUUACACGCUGCACUGCAAUUGCAUGUGCAGUGCAUGACUAUCGAGAAUCGAUCUUUGAUCGGCCUCUUCUCUAAACUUCCUGGAUACAAAAAUACAUGAACUAAAAAGAAAUUCAAUCGUUCGAUAAAAUUUGAGGGAAAAAGCGCGCGUCCCAUUGCGUUGGUCUUAGCCAGUGGCGGCGCAACAACACUGCAACACGCAUCAACAUUUUCGUAACACUGUGUACGAGUAAAUUUUCCUAUAUCAAGUGUAUUUUUAUGCUAAGUUCGUGAAAGAAAUAAAACCUCGCUGGUUUUACAAAAUACAAUUUUAAAAAACAAAACUCAAAAAAUUGACAAAAAAGUGUGUGUUUCUUCAAUUUCGAGGCAAGAUACAUACAAACAAAACAUACUUAUGUUUCUAUUUAUAAUCUAAUGUUGUUAAUAUUACUCGUCUUCCUAAUGAAAUUCGUGGAUAUUUCGAUUUUAAAUCGGGCCCGUUCAAGAGGCCCGAAUGUUGCUGCAACAAAUGUUGCCAAUUCGAAUGGCAACAAUAGCAGUAGCAGUGGCAAUAGCAGUGCCAGUAGCAGUAAUUCUUCAUCAUCAAAGGAAAAUUAUUAUUUUGAAAAUGGUCUUAAUUCGAAUCUUCAUGACGGAUUAUUUCCAAUUACACCGCAACAAAUGCAACAACUACGUCACUAUCAACAAUUGCAACAGCAACAAUUGUUGCUAUUGCAACGUGAAUUGUUGCGUAGACAAAAAUUAAGACAGCAACAGCAAAAUAAGAAAAAUAAUGCAGCAACUAACACGACGACGGUGGUAGAAGCGAGGAACAACCAUCCAAAUGGUGGAUCGUGUAAAGGACCGAAACCCCGACGUGGCAUGACAGAAUUCUCAACAACAAACGAAAACCAAAAAUCACAUUUGCCUCAGCUUAAUCAUAACUCAUCCCAUAACCAUAAUCAUAAUCAUCAUCUUCAGACUCACCAUCAUCAAGCGAAACCAUUAACCCUUUCGACAACACCACAUUCCCCGACCCACAAUCAUCAUCAAAACCAGCAUAAUUUUCAUCAACAACAACAACAUCAAAAUCAUCAACAACAACAACACAACAAUCAUUAUAAACGCCCAUUAACUAGUCCUAAUAAUUCACCAUUUAAUAAUUUGUAUGGUCAUGGCUUUCCACCACAUCCACUUCAUCCUGCAACACAUAAUAAUUUGCAUCAUCCCUUCGGUCUUUCAUCAGCAAAUCCCUACCUCAAUGAUUUGCUCAUCAACGAUGACGAACUAACCGACGAAUGUCUAAAGAAGAACGUCCAAAUCGUCCUUAACAAUUUGGACCGCUACAAUAACGCUCUGCGUAGCAUCAUUCUGAAUGAGCAAGUCAACGGUGGUGGCAUCAGCAACCAUAGCAGCUUUAACAACAAUUUGAGCAGCAUCAGCAAUAUGGCUGCAAACAUGGUUACCACCCCGGAAUCAGACUACAAUAGUAAUGCAACAACUCCGCAUCACCACUUCAACCAUUUGGUAGGUUUAACUAGUGGUAUUGGAAGUGGGGGUGGUAUGAUUGGGGCUGGUGGCGUCGUCGGCGGUAUCAAUGGUGGUGGUGGUGGUGGUGUUACUCAUGGUGGCGGUGGUGGUCCUCUUAAUUGUUCCAUAGCUUCUUCACACGAUUUCACUCAUGACAAUUCCGAUUACCAGUGGUUCUUGGACUACGGCUACCGAGAUGGGGUUACGCACCAGAGUGUCCUGUCCUCGCUGUCCGCCUCCUACAAUGGCAUCGGUGAAUUAUCAUACUACGAUGAUUUGGCAAAGAACAUCGACGCAAAUCUAGCCGAGGUGGAUAUGGAGAGUUUCCGGGCGGAAGACAUUCACUCGCUAUUGUCACACAUUCCGGCGUAUCAGCAUCAACAUCAACAUCACAAGGACGACGACAAGAUUGAGAAUUCUAUCUGCAAGUCAGAAUUGUUGUUCUCGCCAGUGAAGGAAUCACACAUCAGUAUUGACUCCCUGGAUCUGGAUGCAUAUCCGGACGAUGGGGAUAUAAUACUGACUUGCAAGGCGAACAAGGACAACUAUACGAUUGCCUUUGAGGGCAGCGCCCUGUAUUCGGAUGAAAGUUUCUAUGCAGAACCAAACGAGAUCCAGAUGAAGAACAAACAAAACUUUAUCAAUUUGCAUAGCAACUUGGAUGACAUCCUUAAAAGAAAAUCGCUAGAAGUCUCCAUGUCACGGUCGGAUCAUGCAUUUACGACAUGGAGCAAACUCAAGAAAAGCAGCACAUCCCAACUGCAGAGGUAUCCAUCUGGCAACAACAAUACAUCUGUGAAUAUUGUUAUGCGCCAUGCACCUCAUUGCACCGUACGCAAGAGUUUAAGCUUGCCCAAUUUGCGGCUGAAAAAAGGUUCCAGCCAGCAACAGCUAAAUGUGUCACAAGCGCUCAGCACUUCCACCGUUGAAUCGUGUAAAUCUAGAAAUCUUCUUCCAAUGUGCCAGAUGCCAAUAUCCCAGACGUCGAUGGGCAGUCCCAUACAUUUUUCAUCAUCAAGUAAUAUGCAUCAUCACGAUUCAUCGCACAUCGAUUCGACUGGCGGCAUGAAUUCCAGUUCGGCCACACACAACAUUCAAACUCUUAAACAAACGAAUGCCAAUCAACCGGCCUUCAAUCUAGUCAAGCUAUUUAUCAAACAAAAGAGUAGCUGUUCCAGCGAAACAACCUGCAUGGAUGUCUCGUCGGGAUGUUGGCCAUCGAGUGAGGGUAGUUCCUCGCUUGAGCAACGUAUUCGCAAAAAGAGCAUGAAUGAUUCGGGCAAGGGUUCGGCAUUGAGCCGACACGACGAAGAAGAGGAUCCUGCUGAUUCGAGUUACCAAUUAGACAGUCUUGAUAUUAUAUGUGAUAAAGAGAGAAAUGAGACCACAGCAGCAAAUACAACGCCCGUUAGGAAAGUUAAACAUGAUCUGUUUAGAGAGGUCUUUGAAACGGCGGCGGCAGCAGCUGCGGCUGCUGCUUCUGGUUCGCCGGAGCACCACAAAAAGCUCCAACCGCUCAAAAAUCCUCAAGUCAUUAAUUUGACCAAUAACCAGCACAAUAAUCAGUUAAACAACAACAACAAUAACUCCCUCUCGGAAGGCAGCCGCACUUCAGAGAACCUAACCCAGGUGUACAACGAUCAGCGGAGCCAACGCAUGAAGAUCUCCGCCGAAAUGAUAACGCGAUCCAUGCAAACAUCAGGCCGGGAUAGGCUUAAAUUUAUACCACCAUCAUUCCUGGCCAAGUUAAGCAAUUUGGGUGAGGAGAAACAGGCACCAAUCUACGUAAUUUAUCCGAACUAUGCUUUGCCGGAUUUGGGCUUUGUUAAGACAAAUACAGCUGAGGUAAUUUUCACUCCGUUUAACUACAAGAACGCGGUGGGCGUAAAGAAGCGAACCGGGGGCGCAGGAUCUAUGAGCGAAGAUGAGCUCCUGAAAAACGUCGACCUAAAGCAUGUUGUGGACUGGAAGUCGCUGGCCACUCUCCUGCCAACGGAGUAUCGGAAACGCUUGAAACACAUUCCAGAGGUCGAUGUUGCAGAUCUCGAAGCGGAGUGCUCGAUGAGGCCGCUUUUCUGUAUGACACCGCCUAUAAGGCGGACCAACAAUCGGGCUAAUGUCUGUGAUUGUGCUCAGUAUUUCCAAACGACGACGACGGGCGAAGAUCAAGCAGCAGAGGGAGCCACUAGAGCUGCCUGCGAGUCCAGCUCUGGAUCUAGUCAUCCCCCGAGCUCUGGGUAUCGUGGAUCUUCGACCCUUUUGUCUGAUUCGGUUUUCGAUAAUCCACGAAAGCCGGAGGACUCGGACCCGCUAAAGAAUAUGUACGUGUAUCAAUAUGAGAACCAGCGAAUGGAGGAGGAGAGGUGUUCGGCUCGCCAUAAUCGAGGAAACACAUGCAAGAACUCCAAUAGACUGACAUCUGGAUUGCGCAAUAAGCGAACGAGUUUGAUAGAAGAGCAGUGCAAUUCGAACGUUCGCAAUAAUAUUGAAAAGCGACGUAGUUUGCAAGAACCUGCCGCAUAUUUCUCAUCCAACGAUGAUCUGCAAAAUCCUUUGCCCGAAAUAGACGAGUACUACGAUGAGUUGCAUUCUAAUUUGAAACUGACUCAAGGAAGCCAUCGAUUGUCGCGCAAAGAUAUGGACGCCCGGACGAGGGCAGAGAACUUCCUCGCCAGUGUUCCUAAGUCGGAGCUUAAGUAUUAUGCCGAAAUUGCAAACUUUUUGGAAUCCGUCGAAGAGAAUCACCAUCCCGCGGAGCUCUACGAUCCGGCUGAGCUGAAAAAAGAAGUCAGUCGGGCUUUGAGUCAGAAGAAGGUCUCCUUUAACCAGAAGACCGAAUGCAACACACUCGGUCCAAAUGCUCAACGAUUUACAACACCACCAAACUCACCGAACAUCUCGAUUGCAUUGCGGUUAAAUAACGCCGGAGGUGGUGGCAUGCCACCGCAUCGAAGUAGUAGAAAAGAACAAGAACCGAACAAGAUCUCGACAAAUCGUUUUAGACGCCUUCAAAUCCAAUGGGAACUCCUAAGCAAGGACUCGAGCAUGAUGUUGAAGGACCUGGCCUACGAACAAGAAACCAAGAGUGGCGGUUCGACACCAACAUCAGCAAAUGCCGCGCACAAGUCGAGGAUACCGCGACCGGUCAGCUAUCCGGCGGGGAAGAAUAACACAAAUGCUAGUCCUCAUACUCCUUCUUCUAACCUAAACACUAGAGUGAUACAAGACCCAAAGAGUUUGCGAUCGCCAAGCCGAAUUGUACCACCUAAAAGGUAUAGCCUACCAGCAGCAGCAGCAGCGGCCGCGGCGACAGCACCGGUAACAACACCACCAGCAACAGUUCCAGUACCAGCACCACGGACACGAACUCCGUGCAGUAAUCGAACUGGAAAUGCCAGCAACAGCAACACAACCACUCCUAAACGACGAGUGCAGUCACCAAGAACAGUAUCACGCACUCGAUAAAACUUAAAAUCCCUCACCAAACAACUGAUAGUUGAAUAAAAAUGGAUGUCUAGUGGCAAACAUCCAAAAUCAAAAAACCAUCAACAACAAGAAAAUAUGAAACAACGUAAUGGUUUAUAAAUCACAUAACUUCAUGAAUAUCGCAUGAAAAGAAAAUGAAAAAAAAAACAUUUAAAUUUUAUUCUAUACAAAAAUGAGUAAUUAAACAUAAAAGAAAACAAAAAGAAACUUAAUUAAAAUUAUAAUAAUUUAAAUGGACAGUUGUCAUGUGUUAGGAUAGAAAAAACAAAGUUUAUUUUGCUAUUCAAAUGUAUUUUUCUGUUUCCUCUUUUAUAAAAUUUUUAUUUUUUCUUUCUCUAUCUCUCUAAGUUUUCAGUGUUAUAUAUAUAUAUUAAAUAAUAAACAAAAAAUUACAUAUAUUUAUAGUCAUUUAUGAUUUUGAUAGAUUAUAUUCAAAAGUAAAAAAGAAAACAUUAAAAAAGUGCAUGAAAAAUAAUAAAAAUACAAAACGUGAAUGUUAAAAACAAAUUAAAUAGAAACAAAAAACAUAAAUAAAAGUAUAAUUAUUAUUUAAAAACAGACGCGCGGGAGAACUCACAAAGUAAUUGUAUUUUUUUAUUACUAUUCUUAUUAUAAUUAUUAUUAAAACAAUACAAAAAAAAAUAAACUAUUCUAGUGUGUAAAACCAUAGUUAUAAAACAAUAAAUAUAAAAAUAAAAAAGAAAAUGUAUUUAAAUGUAACAAGAAAUAAAUAAGACGGAUCUUUUGGUUUUUCUUAAAAUACCUACAUACCUAAUUUUAAACAAUUUUAAUGACAUGUUUUUUGUUUUAGCAUAGACUCAUUUAAUUUUUGCAUUGACUGUGAGCAUGCAAAUGGAUUUAUUUUUUAAUUAAUAUGAUUUUAUUUUAUUUGCAAAACAUGCACCUAACUACUCAAAAAAGAAAAAAGCCAAGAAACAAUCCCUUUAAAAGUUGUGUCUGACGAAAAUGUUUAAUUCAUUAUUUUAUGUUUAUGUUAAUGUUUUUUUUUUUGUAUUUUUAAUUUUACAAUGUUAUGAUAAACAUGUUAAAAUACUAAACAAAUUGGAUUUUACUCAAAAAGAAAAACUCUUCGACUAUGAACAAACGUGAAUUUUUAAUUUAUUAUUUUUUAAAUGUUUUAAAUUCGAAAAAGGAAAAAGCAGCCAAAACGCGAAAACAAACAACAAUUAAAAAAGAAGAAACGGUCAAACAAAUAAAAAUUGUUUUAAAAUACCUAAAAAAUAAA